GAAUGGAAGGUGAACCGGGCAGCCUGGAAGGGCUCAGUCCCGUGCUUGACAAGAAGAAGAAGAAGAAGAAGAGGCAGUUCGACUCCCCAGGGAGGGAGAGCCCAGAGCCACUGGCGCCCACGGGCCUUGGGGACUCCACGCUGACCGAGGAACAGCCCGGGGGCGCUGAGAGGAAGAAGGGGAGCAGGGAGGCCCUGCCACCCUCGCACCCACUCCCAGAAGCCCAGCACAGCCCCGAGGCUGCGGGGCUAGCUUCUGUGGCCCCCCACAGGAAGAAGCGGAAAAGAAGUGCCUUGGGAGUGGAUGAGGAAACGGGGGUCGCAUAUGUCCUGGUGGACAGAGAAGACAGUGAGAAUGAGCCCGAGAACUUACGGAGGGACGUCGAUGUCGUGUACGUGGACAUGAGCAAGGUCCAAGGGGCCACCCCCGAGCCCGGGGCCCCUGACUCCUCCGCAGCUGAGAGUUCCCCUCAGAAGGAGCCUGAGGAACAGCAUUCUCAGGCCAAGAAGAAGAAGAAGAAACAGCCUCGUGACACAGAGCCCAGCACACCCCGAGGCAAUGAUGGGGAGCAGCUCAACCCGCAGGGGACACCCUGCCACGGGCCUUGGGGGGAUGAGUGGGAGAGCCCGCGCACACCCAGCCCCUCGCAGCUGAGGGCCUUCCCCGUGCCCGAAACUUCUCCUGCUCCCCCGCCAGGACAGGGGCACAGUAAAAAAGCCAAGAAAAAGAAGAGGAGGGUGCUUUCGGGGAGCUGGGACCCCGAGGCCCCAGCCGCCGCGCCCCCCGAGCCCACAGGGAGCGGGCCCCCAGAGGACCAGCCGGUGGAUAGCACGGAGGCCACCGCGGGACCCGGUGCUGAGAAAGGCAGCAGGAAGAAGACCAAGAAAAGGCAGCUGAGAGCUCCUGGAAGCGGGGUGGCAGGGUCUGCACCCCAGGGGAGCCCCGGGCACCCACUUGCAGAGCCUGAGGAAGGCCUCAGGACCGCGGGGGUGGCAGAGAGUGCUAGGCCCGGGCCCCGAGAGGAGAUCCCAGAGACCCCAGAGACGGAGGAGCGGCCCAGGGAACGCACGGGGUCUCAGCUCCCAGACAAGAGCACCAAGGACCAGGCCCAAGAUGCCGAGAGCACACGCCCGUCGGAAGGUCCCCAGGACUCAGGCGAGGACUCGGGUGACUCAGACGUGGACCUGGGCUCAGCCGUGAGGCAGCUGCAAGAGUUCAUCCCCAACAUCAGCGCCCGCGCCGCCACCACCAUCAAGCGCAUGUACCGGGACGACCUGGGGCGCUUCAAGGAGUUCAAGGCUCAGGGUGUCACUAUCAAAUUUGGCAAGUUCUCUGUCAAAGAAAAUAAGCAGCUGGAACAAAAUGUGCACGAUUUCCUGGCGCUGACGGGCAUUGAGAGCGCAGACAAGCUGCUGUACACGGACAGGUACCCAGAGGAAAAGUCCGCGAUUACCGACCUGAAAAGGAAAUACUCCUUCCGCGUGCACAUAGGGAAAGGCAUUGCCCGGCCCUGGAAACUCGUGUACUAUCGGGCGAAGAAGAUGUUUGAUGUCAAUAAUUACAAAGGCAGAUACAGCCCAGGAGAGGAGGAGAAGCUGAAGGCCUACCACUCCCUGCACGGGAACGACUGGAAGAAGAUCGGCGAGAUGGUGGAACGCAGCAGCCUCUCCGUGGCCCUCAAGUACUCGCAGAUCAGCUCCAAGAGAAAUCGUGGAGCCUGGAGUAAAGAGGAGACGCAGAAGCUGACCAAGGCUGUGGAGGAAGUGAUCCUGAAGAAACUGACUCCCCAGGAGCUGAGUGAGGUGGACGCGAAGCUGCAGGCGCGCCCCGAGCACCGCCUGUCCAUCGUGCGGGAGCGACUCUACAAGGGCAUUUCCUGGGUGGAGGUGGAGGCGCGUGUGGAGACCAGGAAUUGGAUGCAGUGCAAAAGUAAGUGGAUGGAAAUCCUCACCAGGAGGAUGACUAACGGGCGGCGUGUGUACCGCGGGCUCAAUGCGCUGCAGGCCAAAGUCAACCUGAUUGAAAGAUUGUAUGAAAUCAACGUGGAAGAUGCCAAUGAAAUCGAUUGGGAGGAUCUUGCUGGUGCCAUCGGUGACGUCCCUCCAUCGUACGUUCAAACCAAGUUCUACAGACUGAAAGCCACCUGUGUUCCCUUCUGGCAGAAGAAAACGUUUCCAGAGAUCAUAGACUACCUCUACGAGGUCACCCUCCCUCUGCUGAAAGACAAGCUGGAGAAGCUGGUGGAGAAAAGGGGCACCAAGAUGCAGACCCCCGCAGCGCCCAAGCCGGCCUUCCUGUUCCGAGACAUUUUCUAUGCCGACGAUGACGACGACGACGAUGACAGCGAGGGUGGCGAGGAGAGCGAGGGCCACUGAGGCCAGACCGGCUCCCUGGGCGCCAACAGCUGCCCUCAUGGCUGCCCUCACAACGGUUCCUGAAACCCAUUCAGGGGCCACACGUGCCUUGCGUGGACAAACCUAUGCUCGGGUUGACCUGAAUGGGAAGAAAGCAGCACAGUUGCUUUUUCCCCUGGCAGAUAGAUGGCUGCAGCUGAUGGUGCUGAAGAGAACCAGGGUCCGAACCCGCUCUCCACACGGCCUUGUGGGCCUGACCUCAGGGGGCACGAGUGCGCACAGUCUGGGAACACAGGAGUCAUGCUUCUGUGUCCUCCGUCCUGCGCGCGCCCUGGGGCCAGGGAAGGUGUGGGUGGAGCUCUUGGCCUGUCGUCCUGCUCCGUGUCCACCGUCUCCCUUGGUGGAGUCUGGGCUCCAGAGACUCAUCUGCGCACUGGCCCCCGAUCGCACCCGCCAAACUGAUCUGCGUCGGCUCAAAGCAGCCACAGCCACGCCAGCCUGCUCAUCCGUUGCUGUAGAAAAACGGGCCUUUUUCAUCCUCGUGAGACACUGGGGUCUCAGGAGCAGCUGAU